AUGGCGACAACUCCUCCUACGGCGGCCACCACCCUUCGAGGCUCGCAACAAUCGACUCCUACUGCUGCUGCUACUCCCACACAAACGACAGCUUCAGCUGCUGUUCCUGUUCUUUUAACAUCUGCUUCCGAGUCGAGCGACGAUGGCCUGCAUCUAAGUCCCGCCGCCGCACGCCGCAUGACACGCCGGAAUCUUCGCCGUACAUCACCAACUCCAGACCUCGUUACUAGCCUCGUCCGACCACCCUCACCUGAUACUUUUUAUGUCGGUUCCCAGGUUUCUCAACAAGCCAGACAAGAUGUUAGAUCUAGAAUCGAUCCUUCGUAUUCUUCGGGUUCCUUGAUACCAAAUGUCGCCUCGGAUCGUCGAACCGGACCUCUGCUUCCCCCGCAUGCUUCUUCCCUCGGAAUCCCGAAGCGUUAUGGCGGAAAUUGUAUCUUCGAUAUGUACUCGUUGACUUAUGUCACCGAGCCCGAUCCCAACCUGUUUUGUCCCAUCUGUCACGACCCUCUCGUGGAUCCGGUCACAACUCCCUGCGACCACACAUUCUGCUACCGAUGUCUGCGGCAAAGUAUUGAUUCUAGUCCUUCCGGAACCGCCUGUCCCAUCGACCGAGAACCUCUCGCAUGGCCCAACUGCUUCAGUGCGCCACGGCUCAUCCGUACUCAGCUUAACAGCCUGUUCGUUAAAUGCCCUUACCAGGCACGGGGGUGCAAAUCGGAGCUUCGUCGGGAGGCGGUUGAGGCGCAUGCUACUACGGAAUGCCGGUUCAAGGACUUUACAUGUCCCGGCGCUGAAUGUGACAAGAGGUUACGAUCCAAACCUGUAGAUGACACUUGUCCGCACAAGCAAGACAAGUGCGCACACUGCAAGGCGACGAUCGAGGCUACUGAUCGCGACCUCCAUCUUUUGACAUGCUCUAUGAGCAAGACACGCUGUGAAACUUGCUGGAAGCUCGUCUAUCGCAGUCAGGUCGAGGCUCACGAAGAAUUAGAGUGCGAGGGUGCUAUUAUCAACUGCCCAUAUAACGACUUUGGCUGUCCAGCCCGCGCCAUACGUGGACAAAUGGACGCCCAUACUCUCGGCUGCGCGUUCCACCCCGACACACCAUCCGGGAUGAUCAUUAGAUCCCAGCGGGACAUUAUUCUAUCUUACACCGACCUGGGACAACAAGUCCAGCAACUCCAAUCUCAACAAGACGAGACAAACCAACGGAUCACCGAGUUUAAUUCUUCGCUCAGUCGUCGAGGUGUUGGCGACUCUGUUGUAGAAAACAACCGCACUAUUCAAGACCUCGACGCUGGUUUUGAAGAAGUUCACCAGAAUCUGACACACCUCGAGGCACGGCAAAGUAUGUGGACUAUCAACCAAAUCAUGCCCAUCCGCGAGGAGGUGACUGAAUUACGGAACAAUAUUAACAUGAUUCGAAUGCAUGUUAAUUGGCUCCUGAACCGAAGCCGAGAAGAAGGCCGCAUAAGAGCAGCCGCGAGCUCCGGAUCCACGGCAACUCUUCAAAGGGACAGAUCGGUAGAAGGUCCUCGUCUUUCAGAACGCCGCCGUUCAGCUAGUGUCGAAGGGACAGAUCUGCCUCGUCUGUGA